AUGGAGCAUGUGCACGGCAUCGACGUGAGCUGGAUGACCCACGGGUCUCCGAGAGACAUAUCAACCCGCUCUCCGCAGAGGAGAAACACACUCCCGUCGCCGAGUCCUCGCGCUUCCCCCACACAAAGUCCGCAGCUCGGCUCGUCACCCAUCGAGCCCCCCAAUGCCAAUGCCGAUCCCAACACUGCCGCAGGGAGCCCGACGGCGCCCAGCCCGUCCAGCCCGCUUCCCGCGCACCCGCCGAUGACGAGGAACGGCUCGACCGAGAAGCUGCCCAACGGCGGCUCACCAACUGUCACCCCACAGCGCCGGGGCUCCUGGUUCUCCAACAUCUCGUCCAAGUUCGGUGGCGGCGCCGGCACCCAGAGCCCGCCGCAGGCGAACCACACACCCCCUAAACAGGCCGAGAUAUCGGUCCCCCGUCCGAAUCCGGGCAAGAACGCAGUUCUCCAACACGCCGUGCGCCACGAGGGCGACGCCCCCUACACGCCCGCUCCACCCAAGUCGAGCCAGCCAGGACUGCUGCAGGUCCUCCGCCGCCUCUCGUCCUCUGGCGGCGGCGGCGGCGGUGGUGGCGGCAACGGUGGUUCCCUCGGCGGACCCAAGAAAAACCACGGCGGCCUGGUCGAGCGCCGGGUGCUCAACGUGGACCGCAGCCGGGAGCGGUGUGCCCUGGCCGAGCUGAACCAGGCAAAGCUCCGCCGUGUCGCCUUCUGCGUCGAUGUCGAGAUCGCCCCAAUGCCCAAGUACACCGAAGACGGCGGUGGACUGAAAAAGAAAAUUUGCGAAAAAACAAGCAAGCCGAAACCCGCCGAGAAGGGUGGCGAUGGAGCGCUUGAAGACGGCAAAACCCCGCAGGAGAUCGCCAGUCCCGCAAGCGAAAGCAAAGCCGAGAACCCAGCCGCACCAGCAGAUGGGGACAAGGCUACGACAGAGAAGACCGCCAGCGAAGGCGGCGCCGUUGUCGAUGAACCGAGCGCGUCCAAGGCCGUAGAUAGCACGAAAAAGAAGGACAAGAAAAAAAAGAGCGAGGAGGAGCGCAAGGCAAGGAAGGAGAAGAAGCGGAAGCUCGCCGAAACAAACGGGACGAUCCCUAUGGAAAUCCACCUUGACAGCGACUCGUCGGGCUCCUGUACGGGUGAAAACAGCAGCAGCGGCCGUUCGCAGUCGGUACCCACCACCAACCCCGUCCGUAUAUACCGUCGCUGCUGCCAGCUACGGGAGACGCCGAUCCUGAAAAAGGUCACAGAGCAGCUGACCAAGCCCGGCAACGUCUCUGCCGGUGGCGCAGUCGAGAAGCUGGACCUCACGGCGUACUGGCUGCAGCUACCAGAUCUCGUCACCCUAGGUGACUACCUAGCCGUCGUGCCCGUCAAGGAGGUCCUGCUCGAAAACUGCGGGCUGAAUGACGAGGGCCUCCGCGUCAUCCUGGCCGGCCUGCUCGCGGCAAAGAAGCCCAAGAGGAAAUCACGCAGGUCAUUGGACAGCGACUCCAAGGAGCUCGGCACAUGUGGAGGCGUCGUGGAGCGCCUCGUCCUCAAGAACAACAAGAUUGGCCCCGAGGGCUGGAAGCACAUCUGCCUCUUCAUCUACAUGUGCCGCUCUAUAAAACAUCUCGACCUCUCUAGCUUGUCAUUCCCUCGCGCAACACCUGCGACGGCGCCUCCGGUCAGCCACCCUCAUAUACCGCACUUCCAGGUCGGCCACAACCGGCCAGCGCCACCGAUAACCACAUGUCAGCUUUUUUCCAAGUCUCUGGGGAACAGACUGGCUGGCUCGACACUCGAGCUCCUGAACCUCGCCGAAACGUGUCCCGACACGGACCAGCUCGGCGUCCUGAUGGAUGGGGUCAUCAAGUGCGGGGUCAAGAGGCUGGGUCUGGCACACAACGAUAUUGACAAGGCCGGCGUUGCGCAUGUCGCAAGGUAUCUCGCCAGCGGCGCGUGUGAGGGUCUUGAUCUAGGCGGCAACGAUCUCCGCGACCAGCUCGAAACCCUAGCCACUUCGCUUCCCGAAACUUCAUCCUUCUCGGCCCUCAGCCUGGCCGAAUGCAAUCUCAGGCCAGGUUCCCUCUGCGAACUCUUUCCGAAGCUGGUCAAGCUCAAGGACUUCCGGUUCAUCGACUUUUCUCACAACCAUGAUCUCUUCAAGACGAGUCCGAGCUCCAUCUCGUUGCUGCGGAGAUAUCUCCCAAAGAUGGCCAUGUUGAAGAGGAUACAUCUCGCAGAUGUAUCCAUGACAUCUGAGCAGGCCAUUGCGCUUGCCGAAAUCCUUCCCGAGGUGGCAGGACUGGCGCAUAUCAUCUUACUUUCGAACCCUGAGCUCACCAAGCUCGCAGACGCCCAGACAGAAGAGUCCCAAGAAGAGGCGUGCGCUCUUUACGCCUCGCUGCUUGCUGCAACAAGAGUCUCGACCAGUAUCGUGGCAGUGGAUAUUGACGUGCCUACAGAACGAUCGGGAGAGAUUGUCAAGGCCCUUGCGAAGCAGGUAGUCGCCUACUCCCUGCGUAACAUGGAAAAUUUGCCCAUCGUGAAGCCCGGCGGGGUCGAGGCUACGGGAGCCACUGGCGCCCGCCAGGGCCCCGAGUAUCCGGACGUCCUUCAGCACCUGGUUGGCUCGGAUGUGAUGCGACCGGACGUGAUGCCGGAGGACGUCGAGGUUGCGCCCGACGACGACUAUGUCAUCGGCGGUACUGGCGUAGUCAAGGCUCUAGCCUGCUGUCUCAAGAAUCGCGGCGACGAGUCCAGAAGGCCAUCGGGAGAGUUCACGCGCGAGGCGGACCUGUACUCGCCGCCUGCGCUGUCGUCGACUGCACUACUCGACAUGCCGCCGUCUCAGCGCAGGAAGAUACCAGGCGGCAAGGCCAAGGACAUGUCAAAGCACCUUCUCGGGAGCGCGCGCAAGAUCAGGCAACGGCUGCAGCCCGCCAUGGCCAAGGCGAAGAUGGCAUCUACAGCUUCAGCCCAGGACGCGCACACGUACCAGCGGUUGCUGUUCCUGGACUCGACCCUGGACGGUAUCAUCAAGCGGUUUGAGGACGAGUUCCCCGACACCAGGGAGUUUGCUGCCGCCGACGAAGUAACCCCUUCGUCAUCUCCAGAGUCAACCGUCGCCCCUCCCUCGAUGCCGCUCGCGACUUCGUUUGGGUCCGACGCGGAUCACAUGGGCGCCGGAUCGGACGCAGAUGAUGAUGAGGAGGGCGGCGGCGGGCGAUUGCUGCUGGGGCGGCCCAGCAAGCAACUCUCGCGGUCCAACUCUCUCAUCUCAAUGACUUCCAAGGGCCUGACUGAGGAGGAAGGACGCGUGCUGCGAGCCGGGCACAGGUUCCGGAGCGGCUGGAUUGUAACGCAAGAGCACUACAACCUGCUGUCGUCGGGCGACGCGUGGGCCUCGGCUGGGGUGAGCGGGGUGGGCAGCGACCCGAAGCACGUGCGGCUGCUGCACGAGCUGCUCGAGGAGGUGGACGACCCGGAGUUGAUCAAGCAGAUCGAGCGGGAUGGGGUCGUGGCCGUCUUCAUGGAUCAGCGCGAGCGGAUUCGGGACCUAAUGCGGAGCGCGGACCCGGAACACUGGGAGCGGUUCGAGGAGAGCCAGCGCAUGGCUCGCGCAAACGUCAAGGUCUCGUCCGAGGCAGCCGGUGAUAAAUGCAAAGACCCGGCCGCUAGCGGAGAUGACAAGACGGCGAGGCCGCGCAUCGACGCCCCGGAGACGGCUACGGGUGACGAGGUUGCCGUAUGUGACUGA